AUUGAGACAGGAUGAUAUAAAGCCACUCAGGUACAGAUCAGCAAGCACAAGAGAGGGACACGCCUAAACUGUCCCAAUCAGCUGGAAGCAAGAAAGACAGAGACGAAACUGAAAUCGAUCAACUUUUCGACGUGAACUUUUCACUUCGGCUGCUGGCUCGUGAAACAAAACAAAAAAACAAAACAAAAUGUGUGGAUCCAUAGGCACAAGAAUCAGGAUGUACCUGGAUGAAAGAAGAAAUCACAGGACCAGGCUAGUGACCAAAGAUGGCCGUUGCAACAUUGAAUAUGGAAACAUCAAGUACAGCAAACACUUUGCCUUCCUGGCAGAUUUCUGGACCACCUUGGUAGAGGCCCGGUGGCGGUUCGUUUUCUUCAAUUUCACUGCGACUCACACCCUCACCUGGUUCAUUUUCGGUCUGCUAUGGUACUGGAUUGUGCGUAAUAAUGGAGAUCUGACCUGGCAAAACCCCUCACCAGAUCACACUCCAUGUGUUUGGGGUGUUGCAGGACUCACCACAGCAUACCUCUACUCCCUUGAAACACAGACCACUAUUGGGUAUGGCGUACGAGCACUCACACCUCACUGCCCGGGUGCUGUUGCUCUUGUCACUAUCCAGGCAGUCCUCGGAGCAAUUAUUAAUUGCUUCAUGUGUGGUGUUAUAAUGGCCAAGAUCUCUUUACCUAAAAAGAGAGCUAAAACCAUCUCAUUUAGUCCAAUGGCUGUGAUUAGCCCCAGAAACGACUAUCUUUGCCUUUCAAUCAGAGUGGCCAACCUACGUAAGAGUCUGAUGAUUGGCAGCCAGAUCUAUGGUAAGCUCCUGAGAACGACAACCACACAAGAUGGGGAGACAAUAAUCAUGGAUCAGGUGAACAUUGAUUUUAUGGUGGAUUCUGGGAAGGACAACCUCUUCUUCAUUUGUCCUCUCACUCUCCAUCACAUAAUCGACAAAAGCAGCCCCUUCUUCGAGGUUGCAGUCGACACACUCCACAAUCAAGACUUUGAGCUGGUUGUCUUCCUGGACGGCACAGCGGAGUCCACAAGUGCUUCUUGUCAAGUGCGGACCUCCUAUAUUCCUCGGGAAAUUAUGUGGGGCUACAGCUUCUUGCCCAUCAUCUCAAGGAGCAGGGAUGACAAAUACAGAGUCGAUUUCUCCAACUUCUCCAAAGUGGUGCCAGUAGCCACUGCACACUGCGCCUAUUGUUUCCACAACAUCAAGGGUCAUCAUCACCACUCCAGAGAAGGACAAGACAAUCCCGGCUUUGAGGUGAUAGAAAUCACUGAGUCCCAAGAUGCCACCAAAAUGUAAGAGUUGGAAAUGGCAGCACAUUGUGUAGCAUUUAGAUAUGAAGUAAAGAAAUCUGCUUACUUGCA